GUUCAAAAACAAAAAACACUAAAGGUCCAUUGCUGUUUUUAUUUACUUUUGCUGGGAUUUAUUUGGGAUAUAAAUGUAAAUAUUCCGGUUUUUAUUAGAUAAAGAUAAUUGUGAAUACUUAGUAGGUGAUUAUGCGUAUUCACAGAUACCACUACUAUUAACACAAUGGAUAUUUUAAUAAAAGUUAACGAGCAAUCAAAUGGUAGAGAUAAAAUAGCACGCCUAUUCCAGUACACGAGUCGUUUAGUAUGGCAUCAAUUGGAGACAAGAAAUGCAAAUAAAUAUUCUGUGGACAGAAUUAAAACUUUAGAAGUAACACUAAGUUCAUUCAGGAAAAGUAAGUCCUAUAUAUCGAGGUGUGUACAUUACAUUAAUACUUGUAGUAUGAUGUGUUCAUUUGUUUCAGUUUUAAGGUUGGGGCGCUGUGUGGAUAUGUGCUAUGUAGUAUUGAAUAGUACUCUCAUUGAUGAUCCUAUUUUGAGACUCACUCUAUCAACAAGUAAAUUAGCUCAUGCCCUUUUUUUGUAUGCAGAUCAUGUUGUAUGGCUUGCAAGAAAUGGUUUUGUUAAAUCUGAUUCUGACAAAUGGAAUCGCACAGCUAAUAAAUUUUGGUUGUUAUCAAUAAUAGCAAACCUUAUUAGAGAUUUGUAUGAAAUACUGCAUUUGAUACAAUUGAAUAAAUCCAAUUUGUUUAAGCCAUCAGAAUUAAUAAGCAGUUCUAUAAAAGGUUUUAAUGUAUUAGCUAGCGCAAAACAUGUUUGCAUGCUUGUCAAUUGUCAUAAAGAUAUUUUUAUUGAUACUCUUAAAAAUUCUUGUGAUCUAUUUAUUCCACUUACUGCUUUAGGUAUUACCAAACUCAGUCCUAGCAUAGUUGGGACAUUGGGAGCUAUUUCCUCCUUAGCAGCUCUAAUGACUGUAAUAAUGCCAAUCACAAAAUUAGUGCCAGCCUAAUAUUUUAAAAUUAAAUAUAUUAGUACUUAAGACAUGUUACAUAUUUUUAUUAUUUUUAUUUUUACAUAGAAUAAUUAUAUGUACAGUCAAAAGCAAGUAUCAACUGCUUAAUUUGAUAUAUUGUGGUAACCUUGAUUUGAUGUAUGGAGAUAUUUAACUUUGAAUUUGAGGCAAAAGUAGAUAUGAUACUUUUGCCUCAAAUUCAAAGUUUAGAUUAAGAGAUGUUAUUUUAAUGACACAUGGAUAUAAUGGAUAAGUGAUAUAUUUGUUUUGGGUAACUUGUAAUGUCAACAUACAAUAUAAUGGGGAUUUUAUUGUUAUUAUAGUAAUACUUUAUUUACAGAAAAUAAACAAGUUUUGUAAUAACAAAAUUAUUUUAUUCAAGACAUCAAGAUGCUGACAAUAAUUUGUUAAUUAAAAAAAUAACAAAAAAUAAAUAAUGGAUGACUGUGAUAACCAUCCAGUGUGAAGGUUGCUUUACACCUAAUUCAGGUUGCUGGACUUGAUUGUGGACUAUAAGCUCAAGUUUCAUAAACAUGUUGAACACGUCACAACCAAAGCUACUAGAAUUUUUAACAUUCUUUUUAACUUCAUCUGACCAUACAACCUGAGACACUAUUUAUGGAUAUGUCAUCUCUCCAAUCAUCACAUACGCCACAUGUAUCUUUGGCCACGCUGCCCAGACGGAAAGGUUCAGAAGAUUGCUUCUUUCAUCAGAGUAUUUGCCAUCAGGUCUAUCAGAUGAUACCGCACCAUUUCUACAAAUGCGGCCCUCGCUCUAGCCGACUUUCCCCCCUCUCGACUUAGUUGUUUAGCGGGGACGGCUGAGCUAACACGGUUUCGGUGUUUCUCCAGAGUGACGUUCAUCUCGAGCGUCCCUUCCCUGACUCGGUACAAUAAGAAUCGUGUUGAAAUCAUAUGCACCCCUGGUAGUGUCCAAAUAUUUACAGAGGGAAUACCUAAGCAAGAGAGUGGAAUCCGCCACACUGUCGCCAUUAGAAAAUUUAAGUUACACGACGCAUGUAGCGUAUUCCAGGCGGAAAUGUUUGCGAUUCUGAAAGGGUGCCAACUAGUUUCGCAAAGAAAAUACUCAGAUGUC